AUGAAAACAGACUUCAAGUUCUCGAAUCUGCUGGGGACAGUCUACCGCAAGGGCAAUCUGGUCUACACAUCCGACGGAACGAGUCUAUUAUCUCCCGUUGGCAACCGAGUAACCGUUUUCGAUCUCAUCAACAACAAAUCACACACCCUUUCCUUCGCCCACCGAACCAACGUCUCCCGGAUAGCCCUACAUCCAAAUGGCCAGUUACUGCUGAGUGUGGACGAGCAAGGCCAUGCAAUACUCAGUCACUUCCGCAGGCGGAUCGUACUCUACCACUUCUCCCUCAAGGGAGCGGUAACAGCGCUGGUGUUCUCGCCAUGCGGACGAUACUUCGCAGUGGCGAUCGGCCGGAAGAUCGAAGUGUGGAAGACUCCCUCAACGCCCGGUGGAGGCAAUGAAGAUGACGACGGCGGCGGACUGGAGUUUGCGCCAUUCGUACGGCAUCGACAAUAUGCCGGCCACCACGACACAGCACAGAACAUCGAGUGGAGCAGUGAUUCGCGCUUCUUCUUGUCUGCGAGCAAAGACUUGACGGCGCGAAUAUGGAGCUUAGAUCCGGAAGAGGGAUUCUCACCAACCGUUCUCGCAGGACAUCGCACGGCAGUAUAUGCUGCGUGGUUCAGCGCGGACCAAGAGACCAUCUACACAAUUUCAAAGGACGGCGCGCUCUUCCAGUGGCAAUUCCUUCCUCAUCCAGACGCAGACCCAGAAGAUAUCGCUGAAGGAGACGAGAGAUGGCGCAUCAGCGAGCGGCAUUACUUCUACCAGUCACAAGAACACGCGCAUCUCACAGCAGCUGCCUACCACCCGCAAACGAAUUUACUGGUCACAGGCUUUUCCCAUGGCCUCUUUAUGAUCCACGAACUCCCAUCAUUUUCCGAGAUACACAAACUCUCCAUAUCUGCAUCCCACAUUGACACAGUCUCUGUAUCUCCAGACGGCUCAUGGCUCGCGUUCGGCUCAUCCGCUCUGGGCCAGCUGCUCGUUUGGGAGUGGCAGUCCGAGUCGUACAUCUUGAAGCAGCAAGGCCACUUUGACAAUCUCAACGCUCUUACAUACAGUCCAAGUGGAGAUCGAAUCAUCACCGCAUCCGACGAUGGCAAGGUCAAGGUUUGGGAUACAGCUUCUGGCUUCUGCAUCGUAACCUUCACAGAGCACACAUCCGGCGUCACAGCAUGCGAGUUCGCUCGAAGAGGAAAUGUGCUGUUCACGGCAAGCCUGGAUGGAAGUGUACGAGCUUUCGACCUCAUUCGAUAUCGAUGCUUCCGCACAUUCACAGCACCGAAGCGGCUAUCUUUCUCUUCGAUUGCAGUCGACCCGUCUGGAGAAGUUGUUGCAGCUGGCAGUCUGGACGACUUCGACAUCCACAUCUGGUCUGUCCAGACUGGCCAGCUUCUGGACCAACUCGCGGGUCACGAAGGGCCAGUGUCAAGUCUGGCUUUCGCACCGAACGGCGGUAAUCUGGUCUCAGGGUCGUGGGAUAGGACAGUCCGGAUAUGGUCUGUGUUCGCCCGCACACAGACGAGCGAGCCACUACAACUGCAAGCAGACGUGCUCUGCAUAACCGUCCGCCCCGACAGCAAACAAGUCGCCGUGUCGACCUUGGACGGCCAGCUAACCUUCUGGUCCCUCAGCGAAGGCACGCAAGAAGCCGGCCUCGACGGCCGCCGCGACGUCAGCGGUGGCCGCAAGACCACCGACCGCCGCACAGCAGCCAACGCAGCGGGCACCAAAAGCUUCAACACCGUCACCUACAGCGCUGACGGCAGCGUCGUGCUCGCCGCCGGCAACUCCAAAUUCAUCUGUCUCUACGCCGUCGAAACCGGCGUCCUGCUGAAGAAAUUCACCGUCUCUGUCAACCUCUCCCUCGAAGGCACGCAAGAAUUCCUCAACUCCCGCCUCCUCACGGAAGCCGGACCGCGCGGCCUCAUCGAUGAGCAGGGCGAGGCUUCGGACCUCGAAGACCGGCUCGACAAAUCCCUCCCCGGCUCCAAACGAGGCGAUGCCGCACAACGCAAAGUUGCGCCCGAAGUCCGCGUCCCAGCCGUUUCGUUCUCACCAACCGGUCGAGCAUUCUGCGCUGCUUCUACCGAAGGCCUGCUGGUGUACAGCCUAGACGCUACAGUGCAAUUCGACCCUUUCGACCUAGACGUCGACGUCACGCCCGCUUCCACCCUUUCCACGCUCAAAAAUGGCGAGUACCUAAAAGCCCUAGCCAUGGCCUUCCGCCUCAACCGCCCCAACCUCAUCACCCGCGUCUACCGCUCCGUGCCCAUCACGGACAUCUCCCUCGUCGUGCGCGACUUGCCGGAAGUCUAUCUCGAGCGCAUGCUCCGCCACGUCGCCAAAGAAUCCGACACAUCCCCAUUCCUAGAACUAAACCUCCUCUGGAUGCAAUCGCUCCUACGCACGCACGGCAGAGUUCUAAAAGAACGGCAAGGCGAGUUCGCGGAGGUGGUGCGGUUGGUGCAAAGGGCGGCGGGGAGGGUGCAGGGGGAGGUUUUGCGUGUGGCGGAUCAAAAUGCUCAUACUGUUGCUUUCUUGCUUGCGCAGCCGCGGAGGGGGAAGGGGGAGGAAGGGGGACUGGUGAAUUUGUUGGAGAUGGGUAACGAUGGAGUAGAGGGUGGGGUGGAGGAUGAGAGUAUGGUUGAUGGGGACGAGGAGGAGGGGGAGUGGAUGGGGUUGGAUUAG